AUGAAGUUAUUCAAUGGUAGAGUAACCCGAUGGAUUUUGUAUAUAGAACAAUUUAAUUAUGAAGUACAGCAUAUAUCGGGUAGACGUAAUAUUGUUGCAGAUGUGCUAUCACGUUAUCCUCCUGAUGGCGAUUUAAUACAAGAGGAUAAAAAUAAUAGUUUAGAAAUUGCUUACACAGAGAGCGAACCGAAUAUUGAGUUGAUAGAAAAAUUAAAAUCCUUACCAGUAUAUCAAUUACAAGAUUCAGAGUCGUUGGCUAUUAUUAAAAAGUUAAAGACAUUAAAUACUUCCAUAAUAAAACAAAACAAUAAAUUUAAAAGGUAUAGUUUGAAAAAUGAUGUAUUAUAUUACAAAACGAAUUUACAAGAAGUAAUACCUAAAGCAUUGAGACAAGAUACUAUAAAUCAAGUGCAUGUCGAAAUGGGUCAUCAAGGACCCUAUAAGGUAAUUAAAUAUGUGAGAGACAGAUUCUUUUGGAAAGGUUUAACAAAAGAUAUUAAAAACCAAUUAAGGGCUUGUCAUUUAUGUCAGUUAUCUAAGAAAAGCAAUAUAACAUAUGUGGGUCCCUGCAAAUCUAUAAUAACAGAAAACAUUGGCGAUAUAGUCAUGGCAGACUUAUAUGGACCACUUGUAUCAGGUACCUUUGGGUACACUUUCAUAUUUGUCAUUCAAGAUUCAUUCAGUAAAUUUAUCAAAUUAUAUCCUUUAAAACAGUCAACAGCAAAGUCUGUUGUAACAAAAGUAAAGCAUUUUGUUGAGAUUAUAAAGCCCAAGGCAAUAAUGACAGAUAAUGGAAAACAGUUCGUAAGUAAUCACUGGAAACAAUCAAUGAGUGAAUUAAAUAUAAAGCCAAUAUAUACCACAGUUAGAAAUCCUAGACCAAAUACAACAGAGCGAGUAAAUAAAGAGUUGAGCAGAUUAUUUAGGACGCUUUGUCAUACUAACCACAAAGAUUGGGCAUUAAUAUUGCCGAAGUUAGAAGAAUUGUAUAAUAAUUCUUAUCACAAUAGUACAGGCUUCACGCCUUGUGAAAUUCUUUAUGGUGAGUCUAAUGAGAUGUCUUUUGACAAAGUAAUUUCCAAAAGCAAAGAAAAACAUAAUGUCGAACAAAUUAGACAACAAGUGCGUAAAAAUUUAAAAGAGGCAAGUCGAAUAAGAAACACAAAAUUUGAUAAGCGAAAUAGAUUAAUAAAAUAUAAUAUUGGUGACUUAGUAAAAAUUUCAAGAUCUAGUAGAUCAGACGCUGAUAAUAAAGUUAUGAGUAAGUUCAAUUUGGCAUAUGAAGGACCUUAUGUAAUAGCAGCCGUACCAUUUGACAAUGUAUAUACCUUAGCAAAUCCAGAGACAAACGAAAUUAGAGGAAUUUUCAAUGCUAUUCACUUAUUAAAAUAUUUUAAAUAA